AUGACAAAAUUAUGUACUACAACGGGUGCUUUCGCUGCCAUUAAUUGCUUUUCCAUUUUCCAGCUGACCCUCGUGCUUCUCUGUAUCGGACUAGCAACAUCAGAUUUAUCGCCAUAUAAACCAAGGGGAUGGCGUCCUAAUGGUCAACGCUUUAAUCCCACCAACAAUCGAUUGCAUGCGUAUUACGGGCCCCCUGGAUUACCAGCCUAUGAACCUCCAAGCUCGACAAGCCACCCCCCAAUUUUCACCACUACACCACCACCAACAACGACGACGACAACGAUGAAAACCACAACUACCCCGCGGACCAGAGAACCAACCACACCAUCGAGCAUCCCCGAAGAAGACUUCGAGUCGAAUCCAGCAUUGGCAAUUGCCAAUUCUUUCGCGUUCAAUCGACCGGUAUAUAUUUACAACACUUUUCCAUUCGCACCUGGACAGAUAUUAUUGUAAUGAUUUGAUCAUAGUUUAGUGAUCUUACUCAGGAUCAUUGCUGUUUAUAUGUAAAGGAUAUAUAAUUAAAGUUACCCUUAUCAGAAACGGUGAAGUUGUUCCUGGUUGUUAUAAG